AUGGAGGUGGCCUAUGCAGGAUAUCGUUUCACAUGGUCAAACAAGAGGAAGGCUCCACACAACAUACAGGAACGCCUUGACUAUGCUCUUGUUAAUGAGCGAUGGCUUGACUUAUGGCCCAUAUCUGAUGUGACUCACCUCCCCCGCCACCGUUCAGACCACAAUCCGAUCCUUCUCUUUUGUGGCACACGGAGGCGCUCCGAACCUCACGGUAGGGUGCAUAUGUUUCGUUUUGAGGAAGUUUGGCUCCAGAGUGGAGAUGAGUGUACCAGUGUGGUGGCUAAUGCUUGGAACAGUACAGGACCAGAUUUGGUGUCUAAACUAUCAGAGGUUGGUGGGUCUCUUGAUAGCUGGGGCCGAGAUAAGUAUGGCGAUGUGGUACGAAAAGUCUCUGAUCUUAAUCACAAAUUGCUGGGUCUUCAACAACGACCUCAAACGGAACAGACUUUAGCCGAGACAACAGAGAUUGAGAAUGUUUUGGAUGUACUCCUCGAACAGGAGGAGGUGGUUUGGUGUCAGCGAUCCAGAGCCAAUUGGUUACAUUAUGGAGAUAAAAACACUCACUUCUUUCACUCCAAAGCGUCACAACGCCGUAAGCGUAAUUCGAUUGAGGAAUUAAAAGAUGAACGUGGCCGCACCAUGGUGGAAGACAAGGAUAUUUACAGGGUACUAGCAGACUAUUUUAUGGAGCUUUUCUCGUCUAGUGCACCUACCAAUAUUCCUGCAGUGACGUCUCUUGUGGCUGGUAGGGUUACACCGCACCAUCUACAACUGCUAGCCGAGCCUUUUACAAGGGAAGAUGUCGAGGAAGCCCUAGCCCAGAUGCACCCAACCAAGUCACCGGGGUGCGAUGGUCUACCCGCUUUGUUUUACCAAAAAUUCUGGCAUAUUGUUGGGGAUGAUGUUUCUUCUUUUUGCUUGCAAGUCCUUCAUGGCGAGGUGUCACCAGUUAACUUCUCUAUUAUGCUGAAUGGCGCGCCUCAAGAGGCUUUCUUCCCAAAUAGAGCUUUGCAUGGCAUUAAGAUUGCGCGCUCUGCCCCUAUAAUCUCACACCUUUUGUUUGCAGAUGACAGUGUUAUCUUUGCUCGUGCUACGUCGCAAGAAGCACUGACAAUUAAGGCUAUUCUAGCCUCGUAUGAGCAAGCUUCUGGACAAGUCAUUAACCUUGACAAGUCUAUGCUCUCCUGUAGCCGAAAUGUGCCUGAGAAUCGUUUCCAUGAGCUUAAACAACUAUUGAAUGUAAAGGCAGUGGAGUGUUAUGACAAGUAUCUGGGACUUCCUACCAUCAUAGGUAAGUCAAAAACCCAGAUUUUCUCUUUUGUCAAGGACCGGGUUUGGAAGAAGCUAAAAGGGUGGAAGGAAAAGUCCCUCUCACGAGCAGGUAGGGAGGUUCUUGUUAAGGUUGUGGCCCAAUCCAUUCCAUCUUAUGUUAUGUCCUGUUUUUUAUUGCCUGAUGGUAUAUGCUCAGAUAUUGAGGGGAUGAUUAGCCGCUUUUACUGGGGUGGUGACGUCACUAAACGUGGUAUGCAUUGGUUAAGUUGGAAAUCAUUGUGCAAAUCAAAGGAUCGUGGUGGGAUAGGUUUCCGGGAUUUCAAAAAAUUUAAUAUGGCUUUGGUGGCGAAGAAUUGGUGGCGCUUACUCAAUUGUCCUGACUCUUUGCUUGGAAAAGUGUUUAAAGCGGUCUAUUAUCCGAGGGACACAAUCUUUACUGCAAAGAAGGGUUGUCGUCCGAGUUACGCAUGGUCUAGUGUUCUCCGUUCAGGACAAGCUCUACGGAAAGGUGGAAUGUGGAGGGUAGGAGACGGUAAAACUAUUCGAGCUUGGCAAGAUAAAUGGGUGCCAGGGAACUCCCCUUUGGUGUUUAGUGAGACGUUAGCACAGGAUUUGGGUAUUACAAAGGUGUCAGACUUGCUGCUACCUGGUUCUUUAGCUUGGAAUAAACAUUUAAUUGAUUUUAUGUGCUGCCCCCCCACGGCCAACUCCAUUAUGGCAGUACCUUUGCCUCUGUUUCCCCAGCAGGACAUUUUCUUUUGGCCCAUGACUCCUAAUGGUUUUUAUUCCACAAAGACAGGCUAUCAAUUCUUGCAAAUGGAGGAGGAAAGCGCUGCUGGUAUGGCUUCUUCUGUGCCAUCUUUGACUAGUGCAGCGUGGAGGAAACUUUGGAAGGCCCCAACUCUUCCUAGAUGUCGUGAGACAGGUUGGCGUGCUUGCUUGGGUGCUCUUCCCGUACGUGAAGUUCUCCAUGCUUGCGGUUUGGAGAUAGACCCAACCUGCCCCCGGUGUCAUGCAGCGCCAGAAUCAGUGCACCAUGCACUCUUGUUCUGUCCGAUUGUGAAAGCUAUGUGGUUUGCGAGCAACUUGGGAUUACGUCUUCACCAGGAGCGUAAGUUCCACGAGUUUAUGCUUGAUUUUCUGCAGGUGGUUGAUGAGGAGGCGUUGGGUUUCUUCCUGGAGUCUCUCUAUGCUGUUUGGAGCUCGCGUAAUGAACUGGUUUUCCACGAGGUACAGGACACGGUAGAUCAGAUGCUGAGGAGGGCCUCCAUGCUCCACCCGGGUCCAGCUAUGGUGGCACCAUCAGCCCGCCAUGUGCAGCACCACCCCUCUCGGUGGUCGCGUCCAUCGGCUGGCCUGUUCAAGAUUAAUUUUGAUGCCUCGGUUAUGCGGGAAGGUCAGGGAGGUUUUGGAUUCAUUGCUCGUGAUUGGCAGGGAGAAGUUCUAGCUUCAGCUGUUUGGCAUUAUGGACCGGUCACCUCUCCAACGGUGGCAGAAGCUUUGUCUAUGAGGUGGUCGAUAUUUUGGCACGGGACCUUGGCUUCCGGCGAGUUGUUUUCGAAACUGAUUGCUUACCUUUAG